CAGAUUAUUCAACAUGGCUGUGAGACCCUCCGCACCUUAGUAUUCAUCACAAACACACAAGAGACACAUCAGAAUAAAAAAAGAACCUCCUCGCGGAUGCAAUGUAAUUGAAAUGUUUUCACAUUAGACCAUCAGUUGCAUUCCUCGAGUUCUGAUGCUCCUCGAUCACAGAUUAUGAUGAAAAUGUGACGAGGGCCUGGAUAGUCGGAGAGUGAUGUCUGGGGAUGAAACAGUGGGAGGGAAUCAUCAGCAAAUUAUUCAGUGAUAAUUCCAAGAGGAAUUGAUAGAAAUGCCGAGUCUGAGGAAGAAGGUCGUGGGCUUUAUGCGACAGCUCUCGAUAAGUAAUCUGACAGCAGCUGUUGAGAGCAUUGGACAGGGUGAGGGCUCAUUGCAUCCACCAAGGUCACCACCAGCUGAUAUCCUGGGGGGAUGCUUCAUCACGAGAUAUUUGAACGGACUGGACCAAAAAACCGAGGGACCUGUCAUUCUCCAUGGCAGAAACCCGGAGGAGUUGCCCUCGAAACCGCUGGGUAAGCUAGACAACGAUGAAGAAGUAUUUGCGGCUGUAACCGGUCCUGAUCGUGGCCUGACAACGGUAAACCUCAAGCAGAGACACUUGAGUAUCAGUGACCCAGAUGUCGAUUACAUCGACAUACUCGAGCAGAGUGAUCCCCAGACUACUGUUAACACCUCGAUGGAUUGUAUAUUUUCCGUGGCCCAUGAUCGUUGGCUAGUCAUUCGCACAAAAGAAACAUCACUGUGUCCAAUAGACAACAGUGGCGUUAAAAUACGUGCAGCUGGAAAAUUGUACGAGCCAGAUAGCAAGUACACGAUGAGCAUGAGUGAGAAAACAACAGGGAUCAAUGAAAACUACAGCGUUAAAUUUAUGGAGGGACACAUUGAUAAUGACUAUCUGUCUAAUAAUGUGAUGAGUGAGACUGCCAGGGCGAGCGUUAGAUUCGAUACAAAUUGUGUCAAUGCUAACGUACCACCAGGGGAUUUCUUCAUUGGCCAGGGGAUCACCGAGGAUCCACUCGAGGGCUCGAGUGACAGUCUCAAUGAUAAUUCCGAUGGGGAUAAGAUCGACCUCGUCCUCAGGACAGCCUCUGAUGACACUCUUGACAACAUGGACGAGGCUGACUCUGAUAACGAUAUCAUUCCACCUCCCUCUGAUUUCGCCAAUGAAAUGAUUCCUCUCAGGAAGUCCAAGAGUGCACCAGCACCAUUCAAGAAGUCCCAGCAAGGUUCAGUCAGCAGUCAUGAAAUAGCGGGAGUAACAGACUGGUUUUCACCUCACGACAUGGCCUUUGGAAUUGCAACAACUCUUUACGAAAAAAAUCCAACAAAUAACGUGACUAAUGGGGAACCCAUUGCCGAUUGCUUCGCUGUGGCUGCCAGGCCGAAUGCAGCUGUAUUAACACUUGCUGACGGUGUGAAUUGGGGUCCAAAGGCGAGUAUAGCGGCGCGUUCAGCUGUGCACGGUAGCAUGGACUACCUUAACAAAGCACUAUUUUCAUCGUCAUUAAACAGCGGUAUUACGACAACACGUGACGUAUUCAUCGCACUGUUACGCUCAUUUCAUGCGGCUCACGCUUUGAUACUCCAGGAACAGGGAAUGCUCACCACUUUGACUGUGUGUGCUGUCCUGCCAUUGCCAAGUGCACCGGGAGCUAAUGCCAGGUCCAAGAAAUACGUCGCCUGCACUUGUAAUGUUGGCGAUAGUCUUGCUUAUGUUUAUUCCAAAAAAACGGGAGUGCGAGAGAUAACUCGCGGUUCCCACGAUAUUCACUGCAUGCGAGACAUGCGUGAUGCUCUUGGGGCGUUAGGUCCAGUCGACGGUUGUAACCCGGAAUUGAAUAAUCUCACCCUGGCGAUGACUGAGGUCGAGUUGGGGGACAUUGUGUUCUUGACUAGUGAUGGAAUUUCGGAUAAUUUCGAUCCGGUCGUUGGAAAAUUCGCUAUUCUUCCUAGUGGCCCCAGCUCGGCUCGUUCGGCCAAGUCCGAUGGCAGGCAGACCAAGAGCUACAAGAGGCCUGAUCAUGUGAGGAGGACUAACUCUGCUGGUCAUGCCGAUGGCCAUGAUCUACCCGUUGUUGAGGCUUAUCAACGACACGAGCUCACUUUACUCAGGAUGGAGGAUCUGCUGAGGAGGGGAGUCUCUGGAGACGGACCUCCGUGUCAAAGUGCCAAAAAAUUGUGCGAGCUCGUACUUGAUUUUGCGGUUCGAAUAACCGCUGCUAAGAGACGAAUUCUCGAGGACGCAGACCUCUACUACUCUCAAUCUAAAGACGGCCAAUUAGUCCAGCUCUCGAAACUCGAGCAAAGAUCGCGAAGGAAGAAGAUGCUUGACAAAAUAUCGAUGGUCCCUGGUAAGUUGGAUCAUGCCACAGUCGUUGCAUAUGUCGUGGGCUCGUAUGGCGCCGCUGAGAGCGAUCUUUAGUCAUCGUCCCGU